AUGCUGUCGUCUUGGAAGCUCCUGGCACCAUCUCUGAGGCCAGAUGCAACUCUUCAGAGGGAUGGCUGGCUGUCCCCUCGAGCUGGAGGCGGUAGUAUGCUAGCACUCGCUUCGGAGGGCCUCUUUGAGCCUAUCAACCUCAUCGUGUCGGGCCAGAGUGACGCCUUUAUCCUCACCGAGGAAGGCUUUCUGGACUACGCUAGGUCGAUUGGCUUCUCAUUUGAGUGCUUGCGACAACACAGAGGUGGCUAUCAGCAAGCCAAUCUCGGCGAUGGCAAAGGGUGGGAGAAUGAGCUCUUUGAGCUGAGAGAGGUCUUGGUUGGAGCUGAUCCUGGAGAUUGGAUAGGCACUUGCGUGGAAAGCUUCACGGGCGGCAACCAUUUCAGAGCUUGGCAGCAGAAUGGCUCAGCAGCGGACACUGGUGCCUGGUUCCUCGCUGUAUCAAAGGAGAAGAGUCUUCGCUUCAGCCACACGAUUGAUCACGAUGGAUACAACGUGGGCCGCGAUUUGAUGGUGGGCCAAGCACUACGGCCCAGCUGUUGGGCAGGGCGAUGUUGGCAAGCUUCGGUAGAGUGGGCCAAUGACCUCCUAGCGCCUGGCUCGGAUGGAAUCAAUCACGGUAUCUCACAGGACGGUCGGGUAGCUAUAUUGUUCAUAGAGGAAACGUUUGACACCAGAAUUGGCGAGAGUAAGGAGACGCCGUUUGCGAAGCCACCCCGUCAGAGAUCUGGACUUGUAGCCGAUAGGGCCCGAUUGUAA